UCGAUCGCCAUCAUCGCAACAGCAGCAGCGAAAAAAACAAAACAAACGUCACAAGGAAGUUACUGCAGAAAGUGUUCCGAUCUGCAAUAGCGAAGGAACGUUCGUGCCAGGUUUCCGGAAGUGGGUGGAAAAGUCCAAGUUUAUCCGGCUGGUGCAGUAACCGGGUGUAUGAUAAGUGCUGGUGUGAGGGUGGUUCCCGGAUUGCUGGGUGAGAUUGUCGAUGGCCAUAAAAGUGAUUAGCUUGAUGUGACCGGAGGGUGAAAGCCGAGCAGCUGCAGGGCAAGGACGAAUUUUGUUUACAAGAUUUUGAACCGCACCUUUUGGCACCUAUUGGCGAUGAAAACUGACGGACAAGUUGUGUCGUUUUGCUGAGGCUAAUCGCAAAGGAAAAGCUGCCGCAAUCGAUUGGUGUGUCGAGAGCCGGAGAACAUUGUUUUCGAGUGAAAAUGGAUUCUGCUGCUGCUGCUGCAGAGAAAUGCCAUCGCCGGAUCGGAAUUUGCUAGAAGUGAUUUUUGAUAACGGAAGUGGGUUGGGCUAGAAGUUUUCGAUUCUCGAUGACAACCAACACGCUGAGGAACGGUUUUAGCGCUCCAGCUCAUCAUCACAAAACAAGAUUCUUUCUUGUAAUGAUGCGCCUCAACCUGAAGUUUUUGCUAAUAUGUCUAUGCUUCGCCGUAUUCCUGAUCACGUUCACACUGUGGACCAACUGCGGAAGCGAUCUACCAUUUGCCCGCGGUCUCGUCCCCAAAUGGAACCACCGAUACGAUAGUGUAGACAAUCAACUGGAGAUGACGGAGGAAAUCGAUUGUGUCAUCAAUCAGGAGUACACAAUCGGAUGUCGACGCGAAGGAGAGGAGAUCUAUCUGCCGUUUUCAUUUUUGAGCAAGUAUUUUGAGGUGUACGGUUCGCUCAAUACGGUGGAUGGCGCCAAGCGGUUCGACUGGUCGCACAGCUAUGGCAAAGUAAACAAUCCGAAAGGCGUAUACGAUCCCAAGGGGAUUUUUAUGUAUUUCGAGAAUUACAACGUGGAAAUGCGGGAUCGGGUGAAGUGUAUCAGUGCGAUCGAGGGGGUUCCGAUUUCGACACAGUGGGAGAGCCAAGGCUAUUAUUAUGCCACACAGAUCGCGCAGUUCGGGCUGUCGCAUUACAGUAAGAAUUUGACUGAACCGGAACCAAGGCGGAAGGUGGUGGAAGACGGCGAAAAGGAGAUGGCCGACUGGAGGGUUCCAAAGAAUAGUUCUCUUAGUCGGUCUUACGUAAAGGAUAAGGACACGACGGUGGUGCAUUUUUCCACAGGAAAGCACUUUGAUAGUGCGAUAGCGUUGCCGAUGGAUCACGUGUUAGAUUUGGUGUUGAGUAUCGAGCUGAUGCUGAGGCCGAAUUCGAGCUUUAUGGUGACGCUCCAGAAUAGGGAGACCCAAAAGUUGUACAACGUGAUUUACAUACUGGCGGAUUUGAUGAUGAGCGUGCAGGACGAUAACAUCUAUUACGGGCUUGGGCAGAAUAGUACUUCAACUUGGAAAAGACUGACGCGGGACUUGUUUGUGGAUUUGCAGAAGGGUCUCCCGCAGUAUAUAAAUACGGAGAAACGGAGGAAGAUGCGUCGGACCGAGCUGAAAGUGGUGGAGAUUUCAUUUCUAGGAAAUGGUAGUUUCGACAAUCUGACGUUGUCGACUAGUGAACAUAUCAGUCAUUUUUACGAUGCAGCGGAGUGGAUGAUACGUCACCAGGAUCAGAGUACGGGAGGUUGGCCAAUCCCGGUGCGGCGAAAGUUAGGGGUGGGUUUUGGGGAACUAUCUAGAGGAUGGUACUCAGCGAUGUCCCAGGGACACGCAAUAUCGUUACUGGCUAGGGCCUAUCACCAUUCCAAGGGUGAUAAGCGAUAUCUAAAGGCUGCGCUGGAUGGGUUGAAACUUUUUAGGAUACCAUCCUACCAGGGUGGGGUGUUGGCCACCUUUCUGGGAAAGUACGCUUGGUAUGAGGAAUAUCCAACGACACCACCGUCUUUUGUGUUGAACGGGUUCAUUUACUCGCUGUUGGGUUUGUACGAUCUGAACUCGACGGCACCAGCCAACCAUUCCAACGAGGCAGCGUCGCUGUUCGAGCAGGGUAUGCUUUCGCUGAAGAAAAUGUUGCUGCUCUUCGAUACCGGAUCUGGCACCAGUUACGACUUGCGUCAUUUUACGUUAGGAAUCGCACCGAACCUAGCCCGAUGGGACUACCAUGCAACGCACGUCAAUCAGCUACUAUUACUGGCGACGAUCGACUCUGAUCCGAUCAUCUCACAAACUGCCGAACGGUGGAAACAUUACAUGCUCGGCAAGCGAGCGCAGCACAAUUAAUGUUUACAAUACCGCGUAAGAAUGUAAGCAACAAUAAGAAACAAUGGCUCUUCCUCUUCCUCCUAAUGCCUUACAUGAAAUGAAGAAUUGUACUCUUUGAUAAAAAAAAUACAUGAAUCACAUACACACUCACAGACAAACGAGAGACAACUUAUUCGUAAAAAAAAGCUACUUCUUCAUUGUUGUGUCCCUAUUUAGAGAGUAUGAUCAAACUGUUAUGGAGUAGUGACUGUCGAAUUUCACCCCGGAAAAAGGACCACGGCUACGAUUACGAAGAAGUUGGAAAAUAAAUUCGAACAUUUGGUAUAUGCAAAUCACACAAACAAACACGCGUCUAUUAUAUUGAUACUGGAACAAGACUUAAAUUUUAGAGGAAAAGUAUGAGAAUAGCUCAGCGAUGGUGCACAGGAAAACACAUAAAACACGAUUUUCUAGGGCAUGUUACUAGAAUAAAAAUACACUGAAAAUGAUAGUGAUUGUGAUCGUUGAAUUAGAAGCAAGCAGCAGCUGCGCGAAUUAAGAAAAAAAUGGCACAUUAAUGGCACCCUAUUUCAAAUAAUAUGAAAAUAAAGAGAGACAUGUACUGUAAAUAUCGUAGAGGAUUAUGUUUGGAACGUUGUGUAGCGUAUUAGUGAAUGGUGACUUAGAAAGGAAUGGUUGUUCAAGAGAAGCUGUGUAAAAAUUGUGUUAGCGAUGAUAGAUGAAAAGCUUAGCGUGUAAUAAUUUAUAGAAACUAACUUUCUUGCCUUCUUUUGUUAAUACAUUUUGUGUUCCGUUAUCUGUUACGAAUGAGUAGACAAUUAAAUCAAAUAGGCUACCACUUGUAAAAUAUUAUAGGCUUCUUACAGUCAGUCCAAGUAUCAUUCAAGACUUAUGUAGAAAAUGUGUAUUGUAAUAAAAGUAUUGUUUCUAAUCACAGAUUUUGCCUAAGGUUUAAAUUGAUCAUCAUUUGCCUAAGGCUAAAUCACUGAAUCAUAUGAUUAUAACUAUCUUUCCGUAUUCUGUUAAAAAUAUUUUUUUAUUAAUGUACGAUGUGCGAUACCAACAUGAUCAUGCAUCAAGUUGAAACUAAUCAUCAAAUAAUACAGAAUUGAUAAUAAUUACCAUUUUAAAUUGUUAACUGUUGACAAAAUAUUCUAAGCUUUGAAUAAAAUACUGGAGUUUUGUUUGAAAACUGCAAAGACACUACUGGAAAAAAAGUGAGACACACAAAAUUGAUUGUCAAAAGUUUAUUUUAGGUCCAAUUUUUUUAAAUUACCUAUCGUAAAAAAGCAUUGUUUUAUUGUGCAUGCAAAAUUUUUAGAACGCACGUGUGCAAAAGAGUUCACGUAAAUUCAAAAUAAUUUCUUAUAGAAAUUUACAAGAAAUCAUCGUGGAAACUCGUUUCCUGUGAAGAAGAAUUUGCCGUGAAUUGUCCGUAAAAAAACGGAAAAAAAAUCAGAAGGAUUCGGCCGUACUUGAACUUAAUGUGUGUCCUUCUUCUGAGAACAGUCUGAAGUAAAAUGAUACCCGGGUAGACGAUAAUAGCUCAUUCAGAGUAAAACGUGAUAUUGAUAACAAAACAUGAUAUGAACUUGUUCGAAAUAAGAGCAAAAAUAACAAGCUAAAAUAACAAAACAUUUCACCGAUAUGGCAUACAAAUAUCAGGUUUUGCCAUUAAUAAGAACAUAUUAAUAUCUUGAGCUAUUAGUUUGUUCUUGUUAAUAGCAAAACCUGAUAUUUUUAUGAUAUUUCGGUGUAAUUUUUUGUUACUUUUGUUUGAUUUUUUACUUUUAUUUCAAACAAGUUCAUAACAUGUUUUGUUAUCAAUAUCACGGCUUCUACCCGGGUUAAAAAAGGUUUUUUUUUUGGCAAUUGACCCAAAUAGAAAUAUUACUGGUCUGCCUCUGAUUUCAUUGUUUACAUAACAACUUUUGCACUUUCGCAUGUACUUGAAGUGAUUUGGGGAGAAACAUCACAAAUUUAAAGUAGGGGAACUACUCCUGGAAUUCAUCUCAUGGCUCUGAUGGCUUAUUCUACGAUAGGAGUGACGUGAGAUUGCCCAAAUGACGUGAGAAGAGUCGUAUAGCCCCAUUUAAAUAACAUGGUCACCUCACGUGAGAAUUUCUAAAAUCGACUCACAUCACGUCACUCGACUCGUAGAAUAAGCCCAUUUCAUCCCAUCAAAAACAAAUCAAAGCAAUUUGUUUCUUAUUUUUGGGGUUUUUUCAGCAGUGAGCACGCAUGUUGAAAGAAAGAAACGACGAAAUUGGUGCUGUAUUUCUUUGUUUAACGAUGAGAUGAAUAUAUCUCGCUUAACUUUUCAAAAGGACCUAAGUAGCAUUUUUUCAUGAAUUUGAAUACUGCAAUGAAUAGCUUUUAUGUUGUUCUGUUGAUUGCGCUAUUCAUAUUAAUUUAUGAAAAAAUGUUACUUGGGUCCUUUUGAAAACUUAAGCGAGAUAUGCUCAGUAAGAUGAAGAUCGGAACAGUUCUCGCGCUUAGUUUCAUAGGGUUGUAUAGAUCGAUUUUUCUUCGUUGAUGUUUUCUUUUUAUUAUUGUACCGAAUUGCGCUAGUUUGUCGAUGAUUCAAUGGUUUGGUAUGAUAAAGGAUGAUUGCAUCUUGCACCAGAAUCAAUAAUCACGGUUGUAGCAUUUGAGACAAUUGUGUUAUUAACAAAAUAUAAAAUCGAUUAAGAGAAAUCGAUCAAUACAGUUAUGCACCUAUGAAGCUUAGCGCGAUAGUUUGAUUCAUGCAACGUAUCGAUGUUACAUAGGAUACGUUAUUUCAUUAAACGAGUAGUCUCAUACUUUUGAAUCAACUGUGAUUACCUCCAAUGUUUUUUUUUCGAAAAUCUUCAAACAUUGCUAUUGAAUAUAAAAAGAAGUAUAGAAUAAGAAUAAUGAAAUGAGUCGCGGUUCUAAUAUUUUGUAUUAUAAUGAUAUAUAUUUUUUUAUUAAAAUCAAAGGAGCCCAUGUUAUUUAAUUUUAAAAUUUAACAAACUGACUGUAGAAAGCGCCUUAUGAAUUAAAUAAAAACAAAAUAAAAUUUAACAAAACAAUACAGUUUAUAGCUUCAUUUCUACUGAAUGAUGAUGAGAUCGAAUUAGUAAAUCGCCGCAUAUCGUCAUUAUAUCUCAAUAUAUCGGGACACUGAUUUUUCAAAGAAACAUGUUGUAAAAAUAAAAGACUGUUGAUUACUACA